CGCUGGCCGGCGCGUUGCCGCUCCCGCCGCCCGGCUGUGACCAGGCCGAGUCGUUCUGCGCCUACGACAGCGCUGACUAUCCCAGGUCCACCGUGAACUCGAUUCUGAGACAAUACGGCGAUAAGCUGACGCAGAUGUAUGAAGAGCUGUAUCAUCACACCCCAGAACAGUACCGGAGUCACGAGAAUGUGACGCGGGACGACCUUAGGGGCCGUUCGGCGGCCGAGACGCUAUCGGCCCGCCACGGGCCCGGCGAGUUCGUCUGCGAGUCGGAGGUGCACUACAGCCGGCCGGGCUGGGCCCGCAGUCUGGCCGGCGCCUGGCAGCUGGUCAUCAACGCUCCCUCCUACCCGCAGGUCGUGCGCACCGAGCGCUGCAGAUAUGAGGGCCGGCGCUGCAACUUCCUGCCGCCGUGCAUGAGCUCGGUUUGCGUGCAGCGGUUCGCCGUGGUGAAGAUGCUGUGCGCCAGCCCGCUGAACCCGUUCUCGCGGCCACGGGUGCAGGACGUGGAGAUCCCGUCCGGCUGCUCGUGCUACGUGACCGGCGGCCGGGGCGACGUGUGGCGCGAGCCCUGGGUUCGGUCCGACCACCCGGCCACCCAGCACUGAGCCUCGCCCGAGGGGCGGCUGCCGGGUGCGAGGUCGUGUCAGUGUCAGGUGGUGUCAGUGUCAGGUCGCGUCGGUGUCGGGUCGUGCCAGUGUCGGGUCGUGUCAGUGUCAGGUCGUGUCGGUAUCAAUGUCAUUCCGAACUAUCAGAAUUAGGGCAUACUGGCUGCGCCGACGCUGUAGAUGCCUGCUGGUACUGUUAUGCGGACCAGCUGUGUCAGGGCCAGCAUCGGUUAUCUUGUCGAUUGAGCUUCUGCUGCGGCCCAUUUCUGCAAGUUAAGACCAGGUCGUGGCUUUCUGGAGGUCUUCGUUGUUUUUGCAGAUAUCUACGUUGUUGUGCGAUGACAGUCUAUUAACUGUUUUGUAUUCUGAGGUGACACGUUUGUGACAUGUGAACGCGGUGCAUGACGGUUAAUAUGACCAUUAUUCAA